CUCGACCUUUUGAUCAACAAACCAGCCAUCUGCUCAGACACAACCCACGAAAACCGGCACCAUGUCUCGCGAAGCCUACCAGGUCCCCACAGGCCAGGGUUCCAAUCCUGCCGCAACCGGCAAGUCCUUUGACGCCUAUGGCGGUGGCAGCAGCAGUGAGGUCGGCCCUCAGAUGCAAUACCUCUGCGGUGACUGCGGCCUCAAGUUCCAGAUGCGCCGCGGCGACGCCAUUCGAUGCAAAGAGUGCGGCUGCCGCAUCCUGUACAAGGAGCGCACCAAGCGCAUGGUUCAGUUCGAGGCGAGGUGAAUGCUGCAUGGACAAUGAAGGGAUGGACGAACGAUGAAUGAGGCUACGAGGUGGUGUGGCGAGGUCUGCCAAUGCGGGAUAUCCAAGCUGCGGUGAAUCCCAGGGGGCGGCCACGGAGGUCACAGGUCACGGAGUUUGGUGUUGGUACAUGCUUGGGAGAUGAGCAGCCCAGGUAUCUUCUUUUGAUCGCAAUGCAGUUGUUCCU